CAACGACGGCGUCUUCCAGCGCAGUGCCCCGGAUGUAAACACCUCAUCUGCUUCCGGGUCAAAGGUUGUUCUUCUGAUGGGUACAGUGGCAGCAAACAAACAGUAAGAAGGAGAAAACCCGGGAAGACAACAGCUCACCUGUCAGACUCAGAAGAUGUUGAGGAGGAAACCGACUCGUCUGGAGCUGAAGAUCGACGACACCGAGGAGUUCGAGAGCGUCAAGAAGGAGCUUGAGGCCAGGAAGCGUCAGCGUGAGGAGGCGGAGUCAGGAGGCGGAGUGGGCGGGGCCUCUGUGAUCAGUGUUGAUAUCAUCGGGAGUGGAGCCUCAGCAUCUUCGUCUACGGUGGCGUCGAGGGCGGAGCUCAUCAACGAGCGAAUUGGCUACAAGCCCCACCCCAAACCGGCCACGCUGCCGACCUUAUUUGGAAGUUUACAGUUUUAAUAAAAACAAUAAAAAAGAAUGUUUAAACAGGAAAAAAUCAUGUUUGUUUGUUUCAGCUCGGAGAACAGGAAAACAAAAACCAAGCAGAAAUGAGAUAUUUUUAUAUUUAAUAUCUGAGGUGUUUGUUAGGAACGACAUCAGACAUCAACUGUGUUCAUAUUUGUUUUAUUUUCAUAAUAAAUGCUACAAUAAUAUUUUUUAUAGAGAGUUUAAACAAAUAUAAAAGACAAACUGAUUAGUGUUGGAAAAUAAAAACUCAAAGAAAAAAACUGUAAAAACAUUUGUAAUUUAUUUACAUUAACAGUCAGUAGCUCUGACAUCACAAUAUUUAGGCUCCGCCCUCACGCAGUCCAGGAAAUGAUGCCGACCAAUCAGGACUCUCGAUUAAUUUCCUCAUACAAUUAUCUUUUAUUGUAACUGACACAUAAUUGUAACUGAUUUUAGUUGCCAUGGCAACCAGGAAAUACACUGAGUAAGUGCUGACGACUUUAUAACGAGAAGUUUUUAAUUUGAUUGACAUUUUUAUAAAUAGAUUUAAACUAAAAGAACUUUUAGAAUUUGGAUAAAAUCUUACUUGGAGAAAUGUUAAAAAAAAUUUUCAGUAAAAUUUUUCCUGAUUUUCUCAAAAUAAGACAAAAGCAAAUAAAUCAAUUUUUUAGCUUAUGGAAUUUUUGGUAUUUAUCACUUGACAACAAGAAGCUGGAAAUCACUGAUUGGUCAGAAACAUUUCCUGGAAUCACACUUUGAAGAAAACCUGAAAAAAAAAGAAGAAAAAAAUGAAGUCGGGGUGGGCGUGGUCUGUGUGAAGACUGCAGGUUUUUCAGAAUAAACGUCUGACUGUAAAUAGUUUUUUCAGUGAAACUGUUGUCAAAAUAAAACACGAGACAUUUAAAGAAAUAAAAUUAAUAAAAACAAUAAAUAAAAAUAGAAACAGUGAAGAUGUUUAUGUUAGUGCUGACAGCUGAUUGGUCCUCAGCAGUGGAAUGUGUUUAAUGUUCAAUCUGUUUCCAUGGUUACAGUAGUGAUGGGGGCAUGGCUUAACGUGUGACUGUCACCUGUUUGAUCACACAUCUGUAGCUUAUUGAAAGUUUUUUGGUUUUUCAACACGUUGGAAACAUGUUUUUCACAAUAAAUAAAAUCAUCAGAGGUUUUA